GAAUUAAAAAAAAAAAAAAUAACCAAAGCUACUAACCUAAACUGCAAAUCUUAUUCCCAAACGCAUCGAAACAAAAAUUUUCCUUUCAUCCUUCUAUCUAUCAAAACUGCAUCAUUUCUCUUUUAAAAAAAAAGAAAACGUAACCCAACUUUCUGCGAAUUCUUUACACAUACGUUAGAAGCAAUUCACCACUUCGCCCCUUUCAACGAAAGAAGGAAACUCUUUGUGAAUUCUUCCCCCUCCGCCGCCCUUAUGUAUACUAGCCCAGCUUCAAAUCUGCACACAAGCACCUCGCUUUAGCACUUCUCUCCAUACAAGGAAAAUAAUCCCCUUUGCCCGCGUUUACUCAACCUCUACGCUACGUUCUUCCACCCCGCUUUUGCAUCCUUUCCCCAUAUUAUUUUUCCCCAACUAAACUAGCCAAAAUGGACUUCAUAAAAGAACUCAAGAGCAGCCAAGACUACAUGAACAACGAGCUGACCUAUGGAGCGCACAACUACGACCCAAUCCCCGUGGUCCUCAAGAGAGGAAGUGGCGUUUUUGUAUACGACAUCGAAGAUAGAAGAUACUACGACUUCCUGUCUGCGUACUCAUCCGUGAACCAGGGCCACUGCCACCCCAACAUCCUGAAUGCAAUGAUAAAUCAAGCCAAAAAAUUAACCAUUUGCAGCAGAGCCUUUUUUAGCGACUCCCUGGGUGUGUGCGAAAGGUAUUUGACCACCUUAUUUGGCUACGACAAAGUGUUAAUGAUGAAUACCGGAGCAGAGGCAAACGAGACGGCAUAUAAAAUGUGCAGAAAAUGGGGUUAUGAAGUGAAAAAAAUACCAGAAAAUGAAGCCAAAAUAAUUGUGUGCAACAAUAACUUUUCUGGAAGAACUUUAGGAUGUGUGUCAGCCUCUACUGAUAGGAAAUGUAAAAAUAAUUUUGGCCCCUUCGUUCCCAACUUUUUAAAAGUUCCUUAUGACGAUUUGGAAGCAUUGGAAGUGGAAUUGCAAGACCCAAAUGUGUGUGCAUUUGUUGUUGAGCCGAUACAAGGAGAAGCAGGAGUUAUCCUUCCAUCCGAUGGAUACUUCAAAGGAGUGGAAGCAUUGUGCAAAAAAUAUAAUGUCCUUUUUGUAGCCGACGAGGUACAAACGGGGUUGGGAAGAACAGGAAAAUUGUUAUGUACUUACCAUUAUGGUGUGAGACCUGAUGUGAUUCUUCUUGGUAAGGCCCUUUCAGGUGGUCAUUACCCCAUUUCGGCCAUUUUGGCUAACAAUGAUGUUAUGUUGGUUUUGAAACCAGGUGAGCAUGGAUCCACCUAUGGAGGCAACCCCCUCGCUGCUGCCAUUUGUGUAGAAUCGCUGAACGUUUUAAUUAAUGAGAAGCUUAGCGAAAAUGCAGACAGGUUAGGUGGACCCUUCUUAAAGGCAUUAAAGGAAGAACUGAAGGACAGCAAAAUCGUUCGUGAGGUUAGAGGACGUGGUCUACUCUGUGCCAUUGAGUUUAGAAAUGACAUCAUCAACGUCUGGGACAUCUGCCUCAAAUUUAAGGAAAAUGGACUCAUCACCAGAUCUGUGCAUGACAAGACCAUCCGAUUGACUCCACCACUUUGCAUCACCAAGGAGCAGCUCGACGAAUGUUUGGAAAUUAUUUCCAAGACGGUUAAAUAUUUUGACGACAGAUUGUAG